UCUUCCUCUUCCUCUUCGUCUUCUUCUUCCUCAUCAUCUUCUUUCACCACCAUGCGGAGGCUCUCUGACCCCGGAUUAAUCUGCUUCUUCUCCAUCACAUGAUAUAUAUAUAUGUAUUUAUAUAUAUUUUAAAAGUAAGUGGACACACAUUUCCUUUUAGAUAUUCUUUGUUUCUUCUUCUUUUUUUUUUUUUUAAUACAGCCUGGUUAAACUCUGUGGUCCUUGCUUGAGGUCUGAACCUGCAGCUCAGGGGGGGAAAAAUGUCUCCUGUGUUUAGUCAGUCGUCAGUUCAAUUAAAUCAAAUGUCCGUGGAUAAUUAUUCUUGUUAGGGGCUGUGGGAGGCGGGCCGCACACCCCCGAUCUUCACUUAGGUUCAUGCUAAUCAAAGGUGCCAGUGUUUAACAAAAAGAAGAAAAAAAAAAUCUGUGACCAUUAAUUGAUUGCGAUGUAAGGAGCGUAAAAAGUCGUUUUGGGAGGGCGUUUAAAACGUGAUAAGAAAAUAGGUGCGUUCAAAAGCUGCUGUGUUAGACAACAAACAGGCGACACAGGCUGAGGGUGGGUGAAAGAAAAUAUAUAUAACCAACAAUUGUCAUGGAUCUAUUUCAUGACAGGUUUCAUCAUUUAAAACCAUAUUUAAAAAAAAAAAAAAAACAACUCUUAAAAAUCGACUACUGCUCACUUUGAUUCAUCACAAAUUGGCCCUGUUAAUUAGAAAUGCUUAAUUUGUUGUUUUAUUAUUUUUUUUUCCGCUGACGUACAGGUGUCACAAAGCAUCAUUAGGCCUGUACCUGAACCAACAAUUUGACAUCAGAGCGGAACUGUUGUGCCAGGUGUAACCGAGACCUCAAGCCACUGUUCUUCGGACCCAGCCCCAGCGUCGCCAAUCGGCUUCCCUCUUGGAGAGAGUGGACCAAUCAGCGACAGUCUUUGAUGAAUAUUCAUGAGUCCGAGAUUCAAACCUUUGAGCGAGUUUGUCUUGGUCCACAGCAUCAUACCUAGGACUUUUCACAGGCACAAACUACAUUUUCUUAUGAAUGGAAAGAGAAAAAAUCAGUUCGGCUUAAAUUGGGACCCGUCCUUCACUGAGAUCAUAGAAGGAAAACAACAAAAGCAAGACAAGGGGAACCGCAAGAAGAGAUGACAAUGACUACAAUUCCAGAAAGUCUUAAUAGCCCUGCCUCAGGAAAAACCGUUUUCAUGGAGUUUGGACCCCCGAGUCAACAAAUGUCGCCUCCCUCCAUGUCUCACGGACACUAUCCCAUGCACUGUUUACAUUCUGCAGGUCAUACCCAGCACGACAGCUACAGUCCUGCCUCAUCGUUCCCCAGAUCUCUGGGUUAUCCAUACGUAAACUCCGUCGGCAGCCAUUCCACCAGUCCAUAUCUCAGCACAGUACAGACCUACCAAAACAGCUCGGCGCUGACACAGACGCGGUUAGAGGACGCAGCGCCAGAAGCAGAGAAAAACACAGUGGUCGAGGGCGGAGAGGUGCGAUUCAACGGGAAAGGGAAAAAGAUUAGGAAACCAAGGACUAUCUAUUCCAGUUUACAGCUUCAAGCUCUGAACAGGAGGUUCCAGCAAACUCAGUAUUUGGCGUUACCGGAGAGAGCUGAGCUCGCAGCGUCGCUGGGUCUCACUCAGACACAGGUGAAGAUUUGGUUUCAGAAUAAACGCUCUAAAUUCAAGAAACUGAUGAAGCAAGGCGGAGGCACGAUUGACGCCAACGCUUUAGCCACCGGCCGCGGACUGUCGAGCGGCUCUCCCUCGGUGGCACCGGUCUGGAGCUCGCCGACGACCGUGAAGACGUCCGUGGGGACGACCGGAUCUUACAUUCCCAGCUACACCUCAUGGUAUCCAACCACACACCAAGAGUCUAUGCAACAGUCACAGCUCAUGUGAAGAGAACAGAGACCUCAGCCCUGCCGUGGCUCGUGUAUCAGGAUGUUGAAGGGGCCCUGCAGCCACUCGGCGCGGCCCAGCCGGCGCUGAUAUCACACAACAACAACCCCGGAGUUAGCUGCAGCACGCCGCCAGCUGACACAGUGGCCUCCUCAUACCGGAUGAAGGCGAGCAAUGGAAUGAAAGACUGAGAGGGCGCGCAAUGCGCCCGAGGGCAACAAAUCCAUGACAGUCAGCGGAAAGCGUCGACAAAUGGAUCCUUUUAUUGGCUGCUGUUUAUCACUUUUGUGUCAGUUUCUAUUUUCUUUUCUUUUUAAAAAAAUCAUAUUUGUGUGAGUUAUUCUGUUUAUAAAGAAGCACGUGUUUGUUUACGCCAGAUGUUCGGGCCCAAGGUGAUGAAGAGACCUCAAACCCAUAAAGGUCGAUUAGGCCAUAGAAUUGAUCCUUGAACCAAAUAAUAAUAAAUAUGAACAAAUUGCAACCAUCAGGCCACAGAGUACAUCCAACCGCGGAGCAUAUUGUGCAAAGCCUCAACUCGCUACUAUGUUGUUUAUAUGUGUUUGUUAUUUAAGUUAAAUUAUUCAGAGGAGUUUUUGUUUUUGUUUUUGUUUUUUCUUCUGUUGAGGUCAGUCUGUGUUCAUGUGUGUGAAACAACAACACUGUGUUGUUCAUGCUGCACUAACGCAAGCAGAGCUUUUUUCUAUGCCGUGCCCCGAUGUUAUGUGAACAGUGUAAAAGGCCUGACAGUUUGCUGCUUCAGAGCAAAACAGAAAAAAAAAAAAAAAAACAGAAGAUGAGAACUAUCGUGAGGGUGAGCAGCUCCUUUGUCACUGUAUUUUGUACAUAAUUUUCAGAUUUGUUUUUUCGUGCUGUACUGGAUACGCUGUGAAACAGGGUUUUAGGCUUUCUGUAUUCGUCGAGAUGUGUUUUAGUCAACAUAGAAGAUAUUUAGUUUUGUAUCGAUCACUUUAAUUUAUUGAUCUGUUUCUGAAGUUUAUGUACAGACUGUGCAAAGUUUCAAAAGCAGUAAAAAAAAAAGAUGAUUUAAAUUAUG